UGCAGGGACCUGCCCAGUCCUUCCCGGGUGUGCGGGGGAGCACAGUCCCCGCACAUUGGGACCCACUGGCGGGGGGCCGCACCAGCAGGAUGGUGUGUGCUCGGGCGGCCCUCGGUCCCGGGGCGCUCUGGGCCGCUGCAUGGGGAGUCCUGCUGCUCACUGCCGCCGCGGAGGCGCAGCGCGGCCGGAAGAAGGUUGUGCACGUGCUGGAGGGGGAGUCGGGCUCGGUGGUGGUGCAGACGGCUCCAGGGCAAGUGGUCAGCCACCGGGGUGGCACCAUUGUCUUGCCCUGCCGCUACCACUACGAGGCAGCCGCCCACGGCCACGACGGCGUCCGCCUCAAGUGGACCAAGGUGGUGGAUCCGCUGGCCUUUGCCGAUGUCUUCGUGGCGUUGGGGCCCCAGCACCGGGCGUUUGGCAGCUACCGCGGGCGGGCUGAGCUGCAGGGCGAUGGGCCCGGGGAUGCCUCCUUGGUUCUCCGAAACGUCACGCUGCAGGACUAUGGGCGAUAUGAGUGCGAGGUCACCAACGAGCUGGAGGAUGACACUGGCAUGGUCAAGCUGGACCUGGAAGGCGUUGUCUUCCCUUACCACCCCCGUGGAGGCCGCUACAAGCUGACCUUCACGGAGGCUCAACGCGCGUGUGCUGAACAGGACGGCAUCUUGGCGUCGGCUGAGCAGCUGCACGCGGCCUGGCGCGAUGGCCUGGACUGGUGCAACGCUGGCUGGCUGCGCGACGGCUCGGUGCAGUACCCGGUGAGCCAGCCCCGGGAGCCCUGCGGCGGCCUGGGAGGGGCCGGGAGCGCCGGGGCUGGAGGCGGAGCCUCGGGGGGUGUGCGCAACUACGGCUACCGCCACAACGCGGAGGAACACUACGACGCCUUCUGCUUCACAUCCAACCUCCCAGGGCGCGUUUUCUUCCUGAAGCCGCUGAGGCCAUUGCCCUUCUCGGGAGCAGCGCGCGCGUGCGCAGCGCGGGGCGCGGCCGUGGCCAAGGUGGGGCAGCUGUUCGCCGCGUGGAAGCUGCAGCUGCUGGACCGCUGCACCGCAGGCUGGCUGGCCGACGGGAGCGCGCGCUACCCCAUCGUGAACCCGCGCCCGCGCUGCGGCGGCAGCCGGCCGGGCGUGCGCAGCCUCGGCUUUCCUGACGCUGCGCGCCGUCUCUUUGGCGUCUACUGCUACCGUGCUCCUGGCGCGCCGGACCCCGCACCCGGCGGCUGGGGCUGGGGCUGGGCUGGAGGCGGCGGGUGGGCCGGAGGCGCGCGCGACCCCGCCGCCUGGACCCCGCUGCGCGUCUAGGUCCAGGACGUGGGCUGCUGGGGCACUUGGCGGCUGGCCGAGUGUCCUACAGUCCCUUGGAGAUGGACCACACCCCUGGAGAUUGGCCAUGCUCCCUGUGGUGCCCUGCAAGCUGACCAGACCUCCUGCGGUCCUUGAACCCUGGCCACGCCCUCUGAGGGCCCCCAGAAACUGGCCAGUCCCAGGAGCCAAGUCCCCUGGAGUCCCCUGGAGACCGACCAAGCCUCAUCUCUUCCGGACAGUGGAUUUCCCCUCCUCUCCCAACUUUCUUCAGGAGGUGGGGGACACCUUCUGAGAAUCCCUGGAGACCAACAGACCCCGAGGUCUUCUGGAACUACCCCCAUGGUCACCUGGAGGCUGGACCCCUGGGAUUACCUGGAGACUGACCACACAUCCUCUACAUCUCUGUGAAGACUGAAGACUGGUCCUCUAAGGUCAUCUGGACACUGACCCUUCCUCCCCAUCACCUGAAGAGGAACCAAAAACCUCAGAGUUCGUCAAUUGACCAUGCCCCUGUGGUCACAUGAAGACUGUGGGCUCCUGUCCUCUUCCCUAGGGUGACCUGGAGAUUGGUUACUCCCAUUCUCCCCCCUUCUCCCAUGAGUCCCCCAGAGUUCCCAGAGCAACAUACUAUGUCCCCAGGUCUCUGUGGAGAAUAGACCCACCCCUCCAAUUUCAGGGGAAACCACCGUUGUCUGUCACUGUUAAGACAAAUUGACACGCCCCAACUGGCUGUCAUGACUGGCGGCCAUGCCACAUCCCUCAGGUAUCUCUCUGGAGGGAGCAAAUCCACCUUGACGGCCCCUUUCCUGGCUGUCACCAAAGAGACCAUCUCCUGGGCCCAGGGACCCAUAAAAUCCAUGGCAUUCACUAUGGAGACAAGCUGCCCCACUUCCCAUUGUUAGCAAGGCAACCAUCCCAGCUUCUACCUGUCACCUAGAGUCACACAGCCCUUCCUUCAUCAGUCACACCCAUGGAGAUAGUGCCUCCCCCCUCCAGCUGUAACCAUGGAUACUACACGUUUCCCAUCUCACAGGCCUCCACCCCAGAGGCCCUUUCAACUCCACUUCCACUGUCCUCACCCUGACCAACAGUCAUAGAGACCACUCUCUCCCCCGUUGUGCCGAGAGUGACCCAACAUUUGGAUCUUCGCCUCAGCGUGGAAACAGUCUGCUCCUUUCCCCAGGGCGCCCCAGCUCCUUGCCACCCUCCAAGCUCCGCCCCUAAGCGGCUUGGACCAGCGUUGCCAUGGAGACCAAAUCCCGGUGUCUGAGGUAAUAGAACACAUGUCCCCCCUAGGCUUUCCCUUGUCUGCAGAGCCUGCCCUACCAAACUGUCACCACAGAGACUGUCAACGUUGUCCUCAUGACAACUGACUUCCCAGUUCUCAGGAACUUCUAGCCAUGGGCUGAAACUGUGCACAAUAGGGCUUAAUGGCUUCCCCUUCACCAGAUGGGCCCAGUCCUAGGCAGCACCCCAGACCCGGCUGGACUUCUGGAGCAGCUGGACACCCUCCUUUUGCACGCUAACUAUACCAGAUAACAGAUGUGCAUGAGACACCCUUGCAACAACCAGGUGUUUUCACUGCCACUGUAUAGGUGAGCAAACUGAAGCUCUGGUGUGCCCCUACCCUUUGUGCUGUGCAAGCACUAAGCUCCCCUUUUCUUCUCUGAGACCACAUCCCCAUACUCACUGAACUCCUCUCUCUUCCCCUAAUCUCUCACCCCCCACAUUUCCCUCCUUAGAGAUCCAGGAGAGAUGGAAUUGUCUUUAAACCUCAAAACCCACCCUGAGCUCCAGGUUCUAAGGGGUGAUUUGUGCUAAGAAGUCAAGACCCUGUCAAACUUCCCAGUGUUAAGAGCCAGCUCAGGGAGAUGGUUCAUGAACAAGGCCACCCCAGCUGUUGGAGACCUCAGCUUUGAGAUCUUGCCUGGAGUAGCACUGGGGUCCCUCCUGGAGCUCUCCUUAUUGUUACAUUCAUUUCCAGGAAACCCAUCUGUGGGUUUUGGAACCAGGUAUGCCUGGGUUCGAAUCCUGCCUCUGUGACCAAAUGACAAAAUCCCUGAUCCUGUUUCCUCCUCUGUACCCAGGGCUGUUCUAAGGUCCCAGUGAGUGUAAAAUGUACAGCAGGGGCUCAAUAAAUCUUUCUUUCUUUUUCUUUUUUUUUUUAAAUGAAUGAGGCAGCUGGUGGGUUAUGAAGCUAAUUGCUUCAUAAAUACACUUCCGUGGACACAGUGUUUCCCAGCUGGGGAUGCUUGGGAAUGACUUGGUUGGGAAGCAUCUCUCUUCAUUUUUCAGGACCAUCCCCUCUCCUCAGUCUUUCUCUCUUCUCCCUUCCCCCUAUUCUGCCCUCACUCUCUUCCUUGAAUCACCUCCCAUGAGUCUGGUCCUUCUCAGCCCUGUCCUAAUUGGGUCACUAACAAAUCCAGUAGUUCCUCUCAGUCCCCUGGGAACGAAGUAUGUGAAACU